UUCACCUGCAGUAGUCUCCAUGGGAAAGUAGUCACGAUCAAGAUAAGGUGUACCUAACCUUCCGCGUUCGCCUACACCCGAAAGACUGCCAAGAUGAUCAUCAGAAGUGUACUCACAUUGUCCAAUCGGAGACUUGUGCUGGGUAUAGAUGCAUUGUACUAUAUUUCAAGUCACGAUUCGUGGUCUACUGAAAGUGGAAGGACGUUCAGUGGCAUCGGUUGAUUUCCCUUGAAUCUGUCAGUGGGAUAGAGCUAGAACAACGCAUCCAGUAGUCCAGGAAGGGCUCUCUCUAAUCUUGAGAUUCUAUAAGAAUGGGACAAACCGCACUCUAAGAAGAUCAUCGAGUCACUGCAUUCGCUUCAAGACCCUCCACUAUCAUUACUAGCCGCCAGCCUUCGCCAUGCAGUUCAAGCACCUAUCUCUCGCUCUCGCGCUCCCCGCUUUGUCGGUGGCUGCUCCCACUCCCCAGGACUCCUCGAUCCAGAUCGUUGGUGGCCAGGCUGCUUCGGCUGGUCAGUUCCCAUACAUCGUCAGUAUUCAGGUCAGCGGUCGCCACUACUGUGGUGGAACUCUCCUGAACGCCAACACUGUCCUCACGGCUGCUCACUGCGCGACUAACUCGGCUUCCUCUUACACUAUCCGCGCCGGAUCCAUUCAAUGGGCCUCCGGAGGUGUCACUUCCAGGGUUUCUCAAGUUAUCAGGAACCCAAGCUACAGCGGCAACAACAACGACGCUGCCAUCUUCAAGCUUUCGACCUCCAUCCCCGCUGGUGGUAACAUCGCCUACGGCACCCUUCCUGCCUCUGGCAAUGACCCUGCUGCUGGAUCUUCCUCUACUGUCUCUGGAUGGGGAACCACCAGCUCCGGCGGAUCCGCUCCCGCUGCUCUUCGCUACGUCACUGUUCCCAUCGUCUCUCGCUCCACCUGCCAGGCUCAAUACGGCACCUCUUCCAUCACCACCAACAUGGUCUGCGCUGCUGAGGCUGCUGGUGGCAAAGACUCUUGCCAGGGUGACAGCGGAGGUCCCCUUGUUGUCACUGGAACCAGCACUGUCGUCGGUAUUGUGUCUUGGGGUAACGGAUGUGCUCUCCGUGGAUACGCUGGUGUUUACGCUCGCGUCGGCACUCAGCUCUCUUUCAUCAACCAGUACUUGUAGAUUUAAUUCUUCGGUGGCUGGAUUGAGGCUGUACAAUGAGGUGGGGGAUGAAUAGGCUGUGGUUGGAAUGAAGUGGAAGGGUCUUAUUUUGAUGCGUUUCGCAUGUUGAGAUAUUGUAGCAGUGGGUAAAUCC